AGUCAGUUCUGCUCAUCGCCGCAUGAGGCUGCGCGCUGCUGUCAGACGCGCGCGCCGGAGAAAGAAGAGACUCUCAUCACGCGCAGAGGGGAGAGCAGAGCAGGCAUCGCAUCGCAUCGCACCGCGUCUGUCCCCAGCGCUCACACAACGCCGCAUUGAGGAUCGUACCCUUAUUGAGGAGCAGCACGAAUUACGCGCAACACAGUGCGUAAAAUCCACAGCCGAGGCUUCAGUGAGACUGCGCUUCAGGUGACCAGAUGCUGAGGUCAACAUGAGCCCACCCAUGUCAAACUCUCAACCCUGCAGGUCAAGAAGUACCUUUUAAGCUACGCUGAGGCGUAAGAGUCCGCGGCACAUGGAUCUAGAUUGGGAUAAUGAUGCCUCUGAUUUUGAAUAACAUCUUGCAUCCAUGAAAUUUGAUAAUUGCUUUUUUGUCUUUGGGAUGUGAAGCGUACAUAUGGAAAUGAAGAAAAUGUUUGGAUUACGCCUUGUUUGUUAAUGCCAUUUCUACAUUUCAUAAUGGGAUUGCCAAGACUGAACCAUAAAACAGCGUUUUUUUUUUACAUGUUUGUGCUUUCGUCCAGUAGCUGUUCAACUUAAAACUCAACUCGAGCACAUAUAGAACUUCAAUGGCUUUGUGAUUGGUACCCGUCAUUGAGAAACCCAACAGAUAUCAAAACGGAGGAGCUAUUGCUGUGUAUCACCGAAACGGCCUCAUUUUCCCAAGAAAGAUUUCUCUUAAAUACCCUCUUGAGGAGCGGUGGCCUCUACCAUGACCAAAAACCUAUUGGAUUUAUAGUUUCAUUGAGCAGCGGCAAACUCUCGUUUACCUUCCUCAACCCCAGAGUCAAGGAGCUUUUCUCAAGCAAUCAGGCGGUUCAGAACUUCAUCUUGAACGAGUUUCUGACUUCUGCCCCAUGUAGAGACGAGAGAGUUUUCAAACAUGGCUCCCCGCUGGAGAGGAGGAGCUCAGGCUUUGGCAGUUACUCUGGGAAUUCUGCAGUGCUGGCGGAUGGCUGUCCGCCUUCAGACCGUGAAGGACUCACUAGGUGUUGGGAUGAUGGGAAGAGGUCCCGAGCAAUGGCCGAUGUCCCAUGAACGGGUGAAGAGGGGAUGGGUGUGGAAUCAGUUCUUUGUCGUGGAGGAAUACACCGGGACGGAGCCGCUUUACGUCGGAAAGAUCCAUUCAGACUCUGAUGAAGGCGACGGCUCUAUAAAGUACACUAUCUCUGGAGAGGGAGCAGGGACUGUCUUCAUCAUCGACGAGGUCACGGGCGACAUCCACGCCACCGAGCGACUGGACCGAGAGGAGAAGACCUUCUACACCUUACGAGCUCAGGCACGAGACCGUCUGACCGACGCGCCGCUGGAACCCGAGUCUGAGUUCGUCAUCAAAGUCCAGGACAUCAACGACAGCGAGCCCAAGUUUCUAGAAGGUCCCUACAUCGGGAGUGUGGCCGAGCUGUCUCCUAUCGGUACGUCAGUGAUGAAGGUCAUGGCCUCGGACGCUGAUGAUCCGACCUAUGGAAGCAGCGCUCGGAUAGUUUACAGUGUCCUGGAAGGAGAACGAUUCUUUACUGUUGACCAACAAACAGGAGUGAUCCGGACGGCCGUGGCGGAUCUGGACCGGGAGACGCAGGACCGCUAUGAGCUGGUUGUCAAGGCAACAGAUAUGGCAGGCCAAAUGGGCGGCCUCUCCGGAUCCACCACAGUGACCAUAGUGAUCACGGAUGUUAAUGACAACCCUCCGCGCUUCCCUCAGAAGAUGUAUCAGUUUUCGGUCUCAGAGGGUGCAGCCGUCGGGACGCCGAUCGGGCGGGUGAUCGCGACAGAUGCAGCGACAUCAGGCGAGAAUACGGAUAUGAGUUACCUGAUCAAAGACGAGGAGGGCGGAGAGCUGUUCAGAGUCUCGACUGACGGAGACACACAGGAGGCCGUUAUCACCAUCAAAAAGCCUCUUGACUUUGAGAACAAGCGCACACAUAAUGUGGUCGUCGAGGCUGUGAACAAACAUGCAGACCCUCGUUUCGUGGAUCUCGGCUCUUUCCGGGACCAAACCAUCGUGCGGGUCAGUGUGUCGGACGUGGACGAGCCUCCCAUCUUCAUCCCUCCCAGCGGCACCAUCAUGGAGGUUCAGGAAGACGCUCGCUUGGGCGCGCUGGUCGGGAUUGUGACUGCCAAAGACCCGGAUAUGGAUAACGUCCCUGUCAGGUUCUCUAUAGAGCGGAGCACAGACCAGGAGCAGAUCUUUAACAUCGAUGCUGUAACAGGCGCCAUCACUCUGGGAAAGAUCCUGGACCGGGAAACUGCCGGCUGGCACAACAUCACCGUUACCGUGGUAGAAGCAGAUAACCAGUCCAUGGCGUCUCAGACAGCGGUGAGCAUCCGCAUCCUGGACGUGAACGACAACCCUCCCGAACUCGCCACUCCUUACGAGGCGUCGAUCUGCGAGGACGCCAAACCUGGCCAGCUCAUUCACACCAUCAGUGUGGUGGACAGAGACGAACCGCAGUCUGGACAUCGAUUCUAUUUCACACUGGCACCCGAGGCCUCCAACAACCGGCAUUUUACACUAUGGGACAUCAAGGACAACACAGCCGGCAUCAGGACGCAGCGCUCCGGAUUCAACCGUCAGGAGCAGAACGUGUACCUGCUGCCCAUCCUGGUGGUGGACAGCGGCCCUCCGGCCCUCAGCAGCACGGGGACCCUCACCAUUCACGUGUGUGGCUGUGACACGGACGGAGCCAUUCAGUCCUGCAACGCCACGGCCUACGUCAUGUCAGCCGCGCUCAGCCCCGGCGCUCUCAUCGCGCUGCUGGUCUGCAUCCUCAUCCUCAUCGUCUUGGUGCUGCUGAUCCUGACCCUCAAGCGUCACAGGAAGGGCCAGCUCAUGUCUGAAGACGAGGAGGACAUGCGGGACAACGUCAUCAAAUACAACGAUGAGGGAGGCGGCGAGCAGGACACACAGGCGUACGACAUGAGCGCCCUGCGCAGCCUCUACGACUUCCCCGAGGUCAAAAACUCAGACUCGGGCCCCGAGCUGCACCCGGUCCCGCAGCGGAUCCAGAACAGAGUGGUUGGAGACAGGGGCCCGGCUGACUUCUCGGUUUUCAAAGGCUACAUACGCAAGAAAGUGGAGCAGGCGGACGCAGACUUAUCGGUGCCGCCGUACGACUCGUUCCAGACUUAUGCUUUCGAGGGCAGCAGCUCGCCGGCUCUCUCGCUAAGCUCCAUCCGUACCCUGUCCACCACCUCGGAGCAGGACUUCUCGUACCUCAGCGACUGGGGGCCGCGCUUCAGGCAGCUGGCGGGAUACUACGCCCCGGCCCAACCUGAGGAAGAAGGGUCCUAGCAUCAUCCUGUGAUCAGCAUCCCGUUUCCGUUCUCCCUGCAGUUCCGCAUUGAAGUUGUUUGGAUCCCAGUCAGUCUGGAGAGUUUUAAUGUCACCCGUUACACUUUGUAAAGUGACUCCUCAUCUUGUAGAAAAGUUCAGGACAAAUACUGAAGGAGAAAAACAACUAGGCCGGGUGCUGGGCAAACCUCCAACAUCUUCUCACCUGUCAGCGAGAGCAAGAGGAACAGGGCCGUGCCAUAUGCACCACGAAAAACACUCAUUCUUUGCUUUUUUUUUUUUUUUUUUUUUUUGUAAUUUCUUUGCCCAUCUGUGGAGAUAAAUGACUGUAAGUCACCAGGAUCCGGACGGAUUCAACGGAAAGACUUUUUAAUCACCAACAUUUAAAAAGAACCUUAAAUAAAUAUGUAUUUAUUUAAAGAAAAACAAACAAACA